GGAGAAAAAAAUUAAGAAACAAAACACAGAGGGGAGUGGCGGUGAGGUCUUCAGGAAAUAUUAUUUUCCGGUGACUGUUUGGUUCUCUCCCGCUCCUGAUGCUGUUCUUCCCUGAAUGCCUUAAUCAGUGUUCGGGAACAUUGCGGCGAUUUCUAAGUGGAGGAGCGAGGGGCUAAUUAAUAGGGAAACAGAAGGUUUCAGGUUUGAUGGAUUCAAGGAUAUAUAGUAAGUAAAGGUUAAUCUGGUAUCUAUCGGUUGUAUGCAAAUCCAAGAAAAUGAAUCCCACACAACAUGAAUUCAAACCAGAUACAUGAUGACUGGUCUCCUAGGAAAGACUAAUAAUCCUCUAGGAAUUAAGUUAGAUAUGUCCUUGGUAUGAUUGACUGCUGUGUAUGAGUUUCUUUACAAUGGCGGUAGCCGUUGAUCAACAUCAUGGAUUCAAACCGUUCAACCGAUCUCAAAGAUGCAGACUCCAAUCCUUCACACAACUUGAGUACAACAUUCUUGAAGUUGGCCACAAAGACCUUGCUCACUCUUUGAAACAAGUAUUUGAAGUUGCAAAUUUCCAUCGUAGCUUCUCCACCCCUUGCCUUUCCUUUGCCACUAAUGUGGAGCAAGAGUAUGCAACCCAUCCUAGGAUUCAGAUUAUUGGGGGCCCAAGACUGCCAAGAAUCAAUGCUCUUGUCAUUGAGGUGGCCAUGGCCAUCGCCUCUGGGGUAGUACCAGUGCCGGUAUCAAAUGGACUUGGUGGUACCUACUUCUUACGUAACCGCAGAGGUGAAACUAUAGCUGUAACAAAGCCCAUUGACGAGGAACCUUUAGCUCUCAAUAACCCAAAAGGUUGUGGGGGAUCCAUGCUGGGACAACCUGGAAUAAAUCGUUCAAUACGCGUAGGUGAAACAGGCAUCCGUGAGUUGGCUGCUUAUCUCCUCGAUCAUGGUGGCUUUGCCGGUGUUCCAGCAACAGCUCUUGUAAAAAUCUCCCAUGUUGCCUUCCAUGUCAAUGAAGCAACUGCUAUCUCUGCCUCACCUUAUAAGAUUGCCUCCCUACAAAAUUUCAUCUCUCAUGACUUUGAUGCAGGGAACUUAGGGUCAUCUUGUUUCUCCGUAGCUUCAGUCCAUAAAAUAGGGAUAUUCGACCUGAGAAUCCUGAAUCUAGACCGGCAUGCAGGCAACAUUCUGGUCAAGAAAAGAGGUCAACAUGAAAAUUUUGCUGUCGAGGCAGCUGAGCUCGUGCCUAUAGAUCAUGGUCUUUGCCUACCAGAGUGCCUAGAUGAUCCCUACUUUGAAUGGUUGCAUUGGCCUCAAGCCUUAGUUCCUUUUUCGGAGUCAGAAACUGAGUAUAUUCUGAAUCUUGAUCCAAAUAAAGAUGCGGAGAUUUUGCGGACAGAGCUUCCAUUGUUAAGGGAGUCCUCGAUACGAGUCCUGAUCCUUUGCACCAUUUUCUUGAAGCAAGCUGUUAGUGCUGGCCUUUGUCUAGCUGAUAUAGGCGCAAUGAUGACUCGGGAGCUUCGGGGUGAUGAAGAAAAAAUGAGUAUGCUAGAGACUCUCUGCGUAAAAGCCAAGGAAAGUAUUUCGGAAGUUGACGAUGGUAUGGAUAGGUACGAGGUUGAUGACACUGGAAUUUUUCUAGUCGACAAUGAUAUUGAAGGUACCUCUAAUGAGAUUGCUGCAGAUAUUCCGAAGCUUUUUCAGAACCCUUUGAAUUUGGCUAAGCCACCGAGACCUUCAAAACUUUCGUCUGUAAGAUUGAUGCCAUGUGCUUCAUUACCUCCUCUGUACAAGGAUACCGAAGUUCAUAUAGAAAACGGUGCAAAAAGUAAUGGUAAAGCAGCAGUUGGGACUGUGCAAGGCAUGAGUUUCUCAGUGCAAAAUGGAAGUGGAGGAGGUGGUGUAAAUUUGGGGGAUAUGAGAGAAUCUAAAUGGGAAAUGUUCUUGGAGAGUUUUGUGAAGCUCUUGCCUCAAGCAUUUGAUGGCUCCAGCAAACUCAAGUUGAGAACAUCUUGCAAUUUCUAAAUCAUGUCUGGAAGGUAGUACGAAAUGGUACCCUACUAAUUAAUAUCAACAAACUAUUGUACAUUGAGUUAAUAUUUGCUCAUUUAUAUGAGUUGUAUGUAAUGUAGGAUAUACUUUACUUGUACAUAUAUAAUUAGGGAUCUUAUAAUGAAGUGACUGGCGAAUUAAGGAGUCGUCCUUU